GCACCGGAAGUGCUUUCAAGGCGGCAGAGGAAGAGGGAAAUUUAAACCUAUACUGUGUACCAGUGUCAAAAACAGCUGUUGGAGGAUGUAUCCCAAAUAACGCAUCGUUCCCUGUACACGUACACUACAUAGGCCAGAGAAGCCGUUCUAUUCCACCCUAUCUAGGGCACUUGUUUUAGUGAUUUGGCGACAUUUGGAACACAUCCGGUGUAAUCGCUGCGAACGGCGUUAUUAGCCUGGAGUUUAUUUACAGAAGUUUAUUUAUGUGAUACACGGCGAGGUUCAUCGGUAAUGGACCGUUUACAAGAUUUGGCCUGGUGUCUGGACUCUCCUUCCAAACACAGCUACAUUGGAAGCUAUUAUGCGCCCCCGGAUAAGAUUCCCUCCCAGCCGAUGGAGAAGCACCAGGAGAAAUCCAGCAGGAACCUGAGGAACGUCUGCACACACACACUUCACACAGAGCCUGACCCUGGGAGCAGAGCAGUGAUCGCAGCUCUGAAAACUCUGCAGGAGAAGAUGAGGAGGUUGGAACUGGAGCGUAAGCAGGCAGAGAAGAACGUGGAGAGGUUUGCUCAGGCUGCUCGUCAGUUCGGCUCCGGAAACCAAAGCAGUGAGCAGCUGGAGAGCAGAGAAGAAGAAACCUCAAGGAGAAAAGAGCUGAGGUCUCAGUUACACUCUGCAGAAGCUCGGUGUCUGUUGGAGAAACAGCUGGAAUACAUGAGGAAGAUGGUGGAGAGCGCGCAGAGAGAGAAGAUCGCUGCAGCAGGCAGAGAGGAGUGUGUGCAGCAGAAGAAGUCCAGACCUUCUGAGUCACAGAUCCACACUCAGCUGCAGAAACUGGAGGAGGAGUGUAUCAAGCUUACCAUGACCCAGUCUGAGGCGGAGAGGAAGAUCAAGCUCUUGGAGCAGAGGUUACUCGCCGAGGAACACGAGCGCAAACUGGUCCAGGAGAAAGCCGAGGAGUUACAAAGAGAGCUUGAGGCGAACCUGCUCGUUUCGGCCGCUGAAGUGAAACCCAAAAAAAAAACGACGACCAAAGAGAAGAGUAAGAAACCGGUUAAUACAGACGUACCCAAAUGCAUCCCCAAAGCCAAGAGGAUGCCUUUCGUGGCUGGAACGUCGACAAGCCCCAGUCACUCGGUCAACGCCAACGUUCAGAGCGUGCUGCAUCUCCUAAAGACCAGGCAGCCUCGGGUGUGUGAGAGGACGCAAUCUGUGCAGAAGAAACGAUCCCCGAGCGAUGGAGCUGCAGCUAUGGGCAGCCUUUCUGAACUGCUUCUAGCGCUACAGGACGAACUUGGGCACAUGAGCUUUGAACAUCAGGAGCUGGUCAGGCAGAUCGAUGAGACUGAUCAGCGCCAGCUGAAGGAGGAUCUGGAGAGAGAGCUGGACUGCUUGGUCAGGAAGAUGGAGGAGAAAGCAUCCCAAAUCACCAAACUCCGCAAACACCAGCAAACCGUCCAAAAGCCGUCCCCGAGCAGCCCGGAGAAGGAGAAGAAGAAGAAGAAGCCGAAACCGAAGCGAGCGUCAAGCGCAGACACGUGGUGUUUAAAGCGAGUCCAGGUGGCGUCUCCUCCCAGAGGUACCGUCUCGCCCUGUAGACCACAGAAGCACCAGACGGCAGGUCACGAGCAUCUACAGCUUCUCAGAGACGCCCAGAGGAUGCAGUCGAACCUCCGGCAGAGGGACAUCAGCUGGGAAACGUGAGGAAGUCUUGGGAUAUCAUUUUCUCUCUCCAUGCUUUUAAUGAGAUUAUUCUUUACAUUGUCGACAUAUUUAAAUAUUGUAAUAAAAUAAUAUUGUGGCGA